GUCUCAGCAACUGAUCACGAUGGUGGCGAGUGAUGUGUUCCCCUGUCUUUCUCUGAUGGGCAUUAUUUUCGCAGUUGCUGGGGAUGCAUCGAUGAAAGUGAUCCAAUAUCCUGUAGAACAGAUAGCAAAUCAAGGUGAAAGCAUUACCUUCGGCUGCAAGUUUGCCGAUAUUCAGUCCACUUCAGAUUUAACCUUUUACUGGUGGAAGCGAGGAGAGCGCGAAUAUUUACAUACAAGUCCUGACAACAGGAAAAUAUUCAACUUCAAAACGUUCCAGCUCCUAAAUGUGAGUUUCCACGACUCAGGAGUCUAUCUCUGUGCAGUGAGCCGUCAGGGGAAAACAGCAGCAAAUGGAACUGGAUCACGUUUAAUUGUACAUGUCCCCCCUACCCCGCUGAAGAUGUUCGCUAGAGAUUCUGAAAUAGAUUCGAAAAUAUUUCUGACGCUUGUGUGUAAAACGGCUGCAUUUUACCCAGAUGAUAUAACGCUGACCUGGAGUAAAGAUGACAAUGAAGUUAAAACUGGGAUAAAUUCUACUAAAGAAAGGAAUUCAAAGGGACUUUAUGAAUUUUCGAGCUAUUUGGAAGAGACACAGCCUGUACAGAGUGGCGUUGAUUAUACCUGUCUGGUAUCUCACAUCAGCCUCCGGAUUCCAGCAGUUGCCAGAUAUUCAGUUUCUAAAUCCAACACAGAGAGUGACGCUCAGCUUCCUUAUGCGCUGAUCGCUGGAUGUGCAGGGGGAGGCCUGGCAUUUCUGCUGCUUUUGUUCAUCAUUGGAAAGCAAUGGCAAUUAAGCAAAAAGAAAGGUCCACGCAGAAACCAGAAGGGAUCGAGUCAUUGCGAAGAGCAGACGAUGCACAGAGGAGAGAAUGAGCCGGUGGCUUAUGUCACCUUGAAUUUGACCAGUUCCAAGAAAACUCCAAGACCCAAACAACAGGAGAGCACUGUGUACGCCCAGACCAAGCAAGGAGCAGCGGAGCACAAGCUGACAUAUGCCGCUCUGGAUUUACAUCCUUCCAAUAAAACAGGAAAACCUAAAAGUAGAGUUAAGAAUACAGAGUAUGCAGAGCUACAUGUGAGAAACCACGGAGGAGCAGCAGCAGCUAUCUGCAGGGAACCAAGAUCCAAGUUAUGAAACAGGCUCCUAAACUGAUAUUGUUGUAUAUUAGGUGUUGUUUUCCACCAAAGUGAACAAUGUGCAUAUUAUUCCUGUGCUGCUAUUCUCUUUUAACCUGUUUGAACCAUGAGUUCAUUUAUUAGUUUAUUACAUUAGAUGUCUUUAGGAAAUGUCUUGGAAAGUUACUUAUUAUAUCUAUAUAGCUAUACUUAAAUGCUAAACAUUAUUUUAAUGUGAAUUUGACCAAACCAUAAAGGUAUCUACUGAACUAUUUGUUUAGAAUAUAGCUCUUUAACUGCUGCAAAACUAAAACCAGAGUUCAAACGAAUGGAACUGUUGUGUAACAUGUUCAAUCAACCUCUCAAUAA